UGCUUCGCCUCGCGACCCCCGGCCAGCAGGGUGAUCCGUGCAUGCGGAUGCGAGAUACGCAUGCGCGUGACAAGAAGCCCGGAAGUACCUGCUAACUAUCCGUGCUAAGUGUUAUCGAAAGGACCGCAGCUAACGCUAAUAUACAGAAGCACAAAUGAACAGGUACUGCACAGACCCGUCUAUGUAACGCCGAGGAGCUCUACAAAUGCCUUGAAUAUGGCGAAGGUGCUUCGGACGACUGCUUUAGUUUUGUAUCUCUGGACUGUUUUCAUGCACUUCAGUCGCGUGUCAGGUCUCGGGAUCAAUGAGCUGCUUUAUUUCCGGGUUAUCAGUCCGGAGGAGAUCGGUUACAUCUUCAGCGCAGCACCUGCUAAAGACUUUGGAGGAGAUUUUACGUCCUCGUACGAUCACAUCUUCCUUGUGCCUUCGGACCCGGCAGACGGCUGCUCUGAGUUGGAGGACAGAGAAAUCAUCCAGGGACAAGUGGUGCUGGUGGAAAGAGGAGGUUGCUCCUUCGUACAAAAGGCCCGACACGUGGAGGAAGCCGGAGGCAAAGCCGUCCUGAUUGCUGAUGACACAGCGGACAAUGACAGUCAGUACCUCGACAUGAUUGCCGACGGAAGCCCUGCCAAACCAAGCAUUCCUGCCCUGUUCCUGCUGGGACGGGACGGAAUGAUGAUCAGACGAUCGCUUGAGAGACAAGCCCUGCCGUGGGCCGUCAUUUCCAUUCCUGUCAAUGUUUCCUCGUUGGCCUCGUUCCCACUCAAGCAGCCCCCGUGGACACUGUGGUAGAAAUGACGCGCAACCACAACUUCAAGCACCUCCUCACUCUAUAAACAGGGUUUGGUCAUCAGCGCAUAUCCUGUCAGUGCGGAAUGAGGAAAGUUCUUCAGUGUUCAACAAAUAAACAAGCCAGUAAAAUGAGCUAAUAGAGCAAACCUUGAAUGUCAUCUCCCUGUAAAAUAAGAAUAAACUCCUGCUUAUUUGCAUAGUUAAAUUUCAACACAUGUUCCUCAUAUGGUUAAUUGAUAUAAAGGGGUUUUCCUCUUUCAUAAAAUCAUUAAUGGCCUUUCUGAGGCACACCUACAAUUUUUAAACCACUACAUUUUCUGUUAGGUACAGACUGUUUUCACAAUGUACUAAUACAAGCACAAAAGCAGAGUCUUGACUGCCAAAAAUAAAUUAAAAAGUAGACACAUUGGUGGUCACAAUACACCAAUUUUUUCUUCCAUUAAAGGCAGCUGAUCAAUGACAUGAGAAAUUGUUUUCCCACUUGGAUAUUAAAUGGAUUUUGAUGAUGUUUUGUUUAUUCUCUUGUAUCUUUAAUAAAAACGUGCUAAGAUGUCAA